GGUUACCAUCCUGAGCGGCGAUGAAGUGGCUAGCUCUCUUAAUGGUUUGUAUCCAGGCAAGAUGGGUUUCACCCUGCGUUUUUGACAAAGUCGAGAGUGUACCGGGUGGAAAAUAUCAAGAGAUGAUCAAGGACGAGAGCGGGUGCUUUGCCACAUGCUACAAGAACAACAAGUGCAUUGCACUCGCUUACAGAAAAGUUAGUCGCUUAUGCACCUUGUUCAUCACUGAAAACGUCAAUCAAGCGUGUCUUCCUGGCGAUGUUUGCUACACCCUUAAACGCGAUGAGGAAGAUUCCAAGUGCGCAAGAUACGUGAACGUUUAAGAAGAGACCGAGAAUCACGUCGUCACAUUUUCGCUACGUAAAGGAUAACAGUUAAAAUAAAAC